GCACUGCAGCUUCCUCACCCUUUCCAUUCCCUUUCUCAAUUCUCACACACUCUCUCUCUCUCUGACCUUUUUUUUUGGGUCCUGUUUUUCUCAUAAUCUUUUUACUUACUUUUUUAAGAUCUAACUCACAUUUAUAAUUGAGAAGAGAGAGCAAGAGAGAGCAGAAGAGGAUUGAUGCAGAUUGUUUAUGCAACCAUCAAUGGUAUGGACCCUCUCUUGUCUUGUCUGCCACCACCAUCUUCAUUUCACUCUGGAUCAUUUGUAAGACAAAUAUAAGCACUUGCUUUCUUUUGUUUUAAUUUUGAGCUGCCAAGGUAGCUAGCUAGCUAGCUGCAAUGGCUGGGAUGCUUCCUGGUGUGGAAUGCGCUCGAAGGAGACGAGUCCAUCAAAGCGGCGAGUCACCAGGAGUGGGCACACACGGCUGGACCAGGCGCUCCUCUUUUUGUUUGUAUGCUAGCAACCAUGAAACUCACCAUACCUCCACCUCUUCCCUGCAAAGAAGCAUAUUGAACAAAUCAUACAUGGAUGAGAAACUGGGAGUGGAAGCCCGAGAAGCCAAAGGGAGAUUAGAUGAAAGACUCAGAACACAAAGAAAAUCAGAACCCAAUAAAAGGCAUAGUGUUCAUAGAGAAGAAGAGAGAUGUGUGGAUGGUGGAAGAUCUAUGGUUCUUCUGGGAGAAUUGCAGAAAGAAGUGUUUGGAACAAAGAAGAGCGGGUCAAAGAGGUUCGGCUGGGCCAAGUUGAGCUGGAAGGCCUCAGACCAAGAUGAGUGUGCUGUCUGCCUGGAAAGAUUCAGGCCUGGUGAGACCCUGGUGCACCUGCCCUGUGCACACAGGUUCCAUUCUGGCUGUAUGGUUCCAUGGUUACAGAACAAUGCCCAUUGCCCCUGUUGCAGAAUGGGGAUUGUCUCCCAGUAAAAAUCUCUUUUGUACUAUUGGUAAAAAUGGAAAUUGUAAUCUAGAUAAAGCUUUUCCAGUUAUAGUUAUAGAGUUGGUCUGAGCAAUUAGCUUGUAUCUUUGUUUUUCUUUGGUAGAAGUGAAAAAGUUGCCAAGUAGUCUUUGAUUCCCCAAUCCUGGUAAAUACUUAAAAAGUUAAUUAGAAGCUGCAACAUGUUGUUAGGCCCAUAUAAUUCCUCCACUUGCAUGAGAAAGGGAGGGAGAGAGCUUCUUGUCAUCUUCCAUGAAGGAUGAAAAAUAGACAAGGUAUUUUGUUUGAAAAGACUUCAAUUUGUGAAACAA